AUGGCUGAUUUAGAUGAUGAUGAUCUUGGUGGUGAGGGGCCGACAGGGCCUCCGGCGUCAGGGAGUGCAGGACCAGCAGUCGGACCGCAGCUUCCCCAGAUGAGCACGAAUCCGUUUUCGCCAGUGGCAGGUGGUUCAGUGCCCAAUCAGGUAGUGCUUGAUGUUGCUCAGUUUCAGCAGAUCCUGCAGACAAUGCAAGGCCAAAGUCAGGCUGUUCUUGCAGCGGCAGGUGUAGCGAGCGCAGGGUCCCCGAGCAGGAGUUCAGGGACACAGGGCUUUAGUGAUGCAAACCGCAUCUUGAAUAGGCCCGCAUGCUUUGGGAGCACCUCGCAUGACAGUGACUUAGGGUCGUGGCUUGAUUGGGCACACGCCUUCAAGGCUUGGCUAAUCUUCGCUGACCCGCAGUAUGAAAUUGAGCUUCAGACAGUCGAGUCAAACCUUGAUGUGGAAAACCCCACCAUGCCAGCUGAAACUGCAGAGCGGUCGCGUCGCUUGUAUGCCAUCUUGAGCAGUCUGCUGCAGCACAAGCCGAAGAUGCUGUUACGGCAAGUGCCGAAUCGCAACGGCUAUGAAACCUGGCGGCAGUUGGUCAACAUCUACGCGCCGCGAUCAAAGGUGCGAGGACUUGCAUUGCUGAAUGCCAUCAUGUCGUUUCCUCCGUUUGUGAAAAGCAAAACGACCAGGGAGCAAGUUGACGGUUUGGAUCGCCUUGCCCAGGAGUAUGAAAGGGUCUCAGGAACGGCUGUGAAUGCCGAUAUUCUCCUUGGGACUUUACUUCGGGUUUUGCCAGCGCACUUGAGAAACCACAUUCAGCUUCAGAUGAAGAGUGACACCAGCUAUGAGCAGGUCAAGCAGUUCAUUCUGACAUAUGAGGUGACGACCAGCAAUUGGUCUGCGUCCAAAGUGCAGCAAAGCUUAGGCAUAGGCUCCUCGGGUGACCAUAGUGCCAGUGAUCCCGUACCCAUGGAUGUAGAUAGAGUCGCUAAGGGGAAACCUAAAGGCGGCAAGGGCGAUGGUCGUGGAAAAGGUGGAAAGGACAAAGGUGGAAGGGGCGGCAAGCCCAAUGGUGGGAAACCGAAUCCCGGUGGCGGUGGGGGCAAGUCGCGAAAUGCCAACCAGCCGAAAGGCAAAGGAAAGGGAGGCAAAGCCCAGAAGGAGACGCGAAAAUGCCAUCACUGCCAGAAGCAUGGGCAUCUCGCCAAGGACUGUUGGCCACUGCAUGGCAAAGGCAAAGGCAAAGGCGUGCAUCAGGUUGCAGAGGUGAACCCUUCAAGUGCAGCGAGCGAGGCACCCACCAUCACGACGUCAGGUGGAGCAGCCAGCACGAGUGGAACAGUGCGACGAGUUCAGGUGUUUGACUUGAGUGCGCCCGCUGACUGUAUGGGAGGGCAUGUUCGUGCUGUCACAUGUGCCAUGCAGUCAGCUCGGAAUCCCAAGGCAGUUCAGAGCCCAGCAGGUCCCAGUGGCCAGGUCGCGAUCGACCAGGAGUGCAGCAGCGACAUGUUGUCACCAGAAUUUCUUGAGAUUGUCCGAUCGCUGGAAGGUUCAUGUUUGAACAGUGCAGAGCCAGCGUGCGUUUUUGAGAAUAGCGAUGCAGUCAGCUCGGAAUCCCGAGGCAGUUCAGUCCCAGCAGGUCCAUUUUAUUUUGAUAAUCAGAGCACAGUGCCACAGGUGUCCCAGGCUGCGCCAGCAGCAGAUCAGAGCACAGUGCCACAGGUGUCCCAAUUUGACAUUUCGGCCGAUGAUGAUUCAGGAUCGUGGGAGCACGGAGUUUCGGUGCAUGAGCUCAGCACUCUCAAGCGCUUGGAGCCCAACAAAGGCUUUGUGUAUGCUGUUCAGACAAUCCAAGAGUUGCCCUCAGCUGACGAUGCCCUGGAUGUGAUUUUGGAUUCAGGUGCAGACAUGAGUUGCUUGCCUCUUGAGUAUGCACAACAUGGUUUCGACCACGGUCCUCACAACUUGCAACUGCGUGAUGCGCAAGGCGAGCCGCUUGCUGUGAACGAUCUUCGUGAAGUUGAGUUUGUCGUUGAAAGCAGCACAGGGGAACAUGUGGUGUGGCGAGAAGUUUGUGCGAUCGCCCCAGUAACCCAGCCUCUCUUGCGCAAGGGCAAGCUCAUGAAAGCAGGUUGGUGGCCCGUCAGACAGCCAGACAUGGCUCUUGAGCAUGACAGCGGUGUGAGGGUUCCGAUUUCUUUCAAAGGAAAUUCCUUGUGCGUUCGAGCAAGCAUUUUCAGGAUUGGCCAAGAAUCCUUGAGUCCAGCAGGGCAUGUGAUGUUUGUCCAAGCAUCAGUUUGCAAUGAAAUGGCCGAUGCGAAUUUUGGAUGGCAAAUGUCAGGCACGGGAAAUUUGUACUUUCGUGGCAGGAGCACUCACUACAUUGAUCCGUCCAUCAUUGCACCAGUGGGAUGGCCCUGCAGAACCACUUUGGUCAAGCCGUGCACACCUGAUCAUAAUGCCUGGAUUUUGCUUGAGCAUUGCGUGCACUGGGGUGAGUUGCGAGAGCUUGCGGCCAUUUUACCGCAUGGGGACUGCGACAUAGUGUGCAUUCUUUCUUCAGAGCGCGAGGAGCUUGCUGAAGUUGGAGUUGAGCCCCACCGGUCAGCGCAAGGGCACGUGAAUUGGAGUGGCCCGCAACCUGGAGAUCCAGAUGCUGACGAGCUGGCAGAUUACGAGCCUUCCGAGGCCGACAUGCAAGACACUUCUGCUCCACAGUUGGUGGAGGCGAUGCCAGGUGUGCCGCAGGUUCACAGGGAUGUGGAGGUGUUGCCAGAUGCCGAGGGCGUCACAGGCGAGGCGUUAGUGCCGGGAAGCAGCAGUGACAUUCUUGUGUUUGAAGGCAUCGAGCUUUCCUUGCAGAGCACAUUGAGUGUGAUUCGUACGGCAUGCAAGUCGGCUGGGAUUUCCGGUUCGGGGAGCAAGCAGCGUUGCCUUGAUCGCUUGAGGGCUUACCUUGACAAGCAGCAGUUGGCCCUGAGUGCCGAAGUUGCUCAGACAGUUGGAGAUGACAGUACUCGUGAGCCGAGAGGGCAGUCCGUCACCAAGGCCCCAACAGAAGCCGAGAGGCAGUUGCAUGAGCUGACCCAUUGGCCAUUCCGGCCAUGGUGCGAUCACUGCCUGGCCAUGCGUGGAGUUCCGAUCAUCAGCUUCGAUUAUGCCUUCACCAGUGUGUCAGGUGCUGAGGGCCAGGGCAAUGGAGCCAAGUUGACCGUUCUGGUUGCACAUGACACCAGCACCGGCAGUGUGCUAGGGCUUCCUGUGUCAAGCAAGGGGCGCGAGGAUCUGAAGUUCAGCGCAAUUGAGCUCACAAGGUUCGUGCAAGGUCUAGGCCACAACAGCAUUUUCAUGUGCUGUGACAAUGAGCCUUCCACGUUGGCUCUUCAAAGUCUUGUGGUCAAUGUUCGGACCAAGCUUGGGUUCAAGACCAUGGUCCGUGAUGCGCCGGUGCACUCGCGUGCAUCGAAAGGCUAUGUUGAGAAGGCCAUAGACUUGGUGAGAGGUCUCUCCAAUGUCUUGCUUGAUCAGGUGAGAGUCAGGUACAACUUGAGUGCUGAAACCAUCAGUGCAGAUCACCCUUUGAUGGCACAGGCAGUGGCAUCAGGUAUGCCGAGUGUGGCGGGGAUGGCGGGGAUGCCUCCUCUUAGCAGCCAGCCACCGAACCCUGCACCAUCCUCCAGAGCCACAUUGCUUCUUGAUCGCACCGACAGAGGGAGCGUGCCUCCUCCUCCUGAGCAUGCUGCGGUGAGUGAGUCACCAAUGGAAGUCAUGGGGACCGAUCCACCCACGUCCUCUGAGUCAUCCUCUUCUUCGUCCCCACAGGCCUUGGCCAGUCAACCUGUGUUUGACGACAGCACAAUGCUUGCCGAGGUGGUAGAAAGUGUUCGAGCAGAGCCAGAUGAAUCCCAUGCAGCAAAGUUUCAGCGGAUCGCCCGAGUAGGCCGUGAGGACUUCCCAAUCAAUGAUGAGGUUUUGGAGUCCGCUGCAGAAUGGGAGGACGCAGCACAGUACGUGCAGCUUGGAGAAGAGGCCGAUGCAGAGCUUGAUCCAAGCCUUACCGCUGAAGAGGCAAAGCUUCUGGAAGAUGAAGAUCUUCUAUGGUUCGAGGAGAUCCCGAGCCUCAGUGAUGAAGAGUUGUCAGCCUUGGAUUACGUGGCAGACACUUUUGAGGUGAAAAGGCUCCUGGGAAAACAAGUCCUGGAGGAAGUCGGGGACAGCUUUGACCUCAGCGGUUACAAGGAACUCUCCACGAAAUUCGUGAGAACGUGGAGGCAAAAGAAAAGGCAUGGGCGCAUGAUGUUCUUCCGUAGAUCUCGCUUGGUGGCAAGGGAAUACAAGUGGAUGGAGCGUGACCGGGAAGGUUUGUAUGCCCCGGCGACAUCGUCGCUCACCACGAAACUUCUGCCAUGGCUGUUUUGCGAGAUGAACAGGCGUCAGGAAGGUGCAGCCACAGACGAUGAUCCCAUAGGCGUCGUAGCUCUCGACAUAAAAGAUGCUUUUCUUUGUGUCCCACAGGAGCGUCCCAUGCUGGCCAAGAUUCCGGGUUUUCCUAAAAGGAUGCGGUUCCUCAAGAUGCUGCCAGGGCAGAGGGACGGAACGGCCAGGUGGCAUUCGUUCAUCAUGGACUACAUUCGUGAGAGACAUCAACUGUCUGUGUGUGCCGAGUGCCCUUCCUUGUACAAGCUGAAGGAUGCGAAAGAUCGCUCCACUCCGGGUGUGAUCCACGUCGAUGACCUCUGCCUUGUUGGGUAUGUGAGGUGGAUCUUGCAGCAACUGGUUCCCAGUCUUGAAAGUACUUUCGAGCUGUCGUAUGAGGUUGCAUGCAAGCCCGGGGAUUCCUUUAAGUUUCUUAAAAAGGAGCACAUUCUUCUUGAAGAUGGUAUCUUGAUCAAGCCAUUGUCUGAUCAUGCAGUGAACAUGUGCAAUCUUCUAGAAGUGCCACUGCACAGAAAGGUGCCGACGCCGUGCACAAAGGACAUCUUGGUGCCCGACACCAGCAAACUGCUGGACAGCUCGAAGGCUGCGCGCUUCCGCAGCGCAAUCGGGAUUGCAAUGUGUGUGUCACAGGAUCGACCCGACGUUGCCUUCACAGUGAGGGUCCUGUCUCAGAAGCUUCGAGAGCCGACAGUGCAAACUUGGAGUUCGGGUCAGAGGUUGGCAUCGUACUUAGCGUGCACCACAGGUUACGCAAGCAAGGUGCAUGCCCGAGGUGACAAGCUUAGCAUUCUUGAGCCUUCCGAUCCUGGUGGAGUGCGUGAUGGAGUUAUGCUGGAGGUGUUCUGCGAUGCAGACUGGAGCGGCAACAAGCAGAAUCGUCGCUCGAUGAGCAGCAGCUCAUUCUUUCUGAACAGUUGCUGCAUAUACACUUCUUGCAAAAGCCAGCGUUGCGUGAGCCUCAGCAGCACCGAGAGCGAGUUCUACGCUCUGGUUUCCGCGUCGUGCGAUGGGAUCUACUUGAAAAGAGUUCUUGAAUACCUGCUUGAACUACCGAUGGACCUUUGGAUGCGGACUGACAACCAGAGCUGUCGUCAGAUCUCUUUGAAGCAGGGUGUAUCAAAGAUCAGGCAUCUUGAUGGAAGAUUCCUCUGGGUGCAGGAAAAGACGGCAGAUGGAACGCUGAAAGUUGGCUCAGUCGACGGGCGAUGGAACCCGUCAGAUCUUGGAACCAAGGUCCCGGCAACUGGGAGUCGCUUGAGAGCAUUGCUUUGCAUGCAUGACUUCGUCGACUGUGCCGGUGAUUGCAUCCAGGAGGUAGGACGUGCCGACUACGAUCAGUUGAUCGAGUCGUUGCAACACUGCAAAGACACAGCCCGUGUCCGGCGACUGAUCAACAAGUCGUUGAAAACCAAUGGGUUGAGCAACAGCAAUCUUGUCCUGAUGAUGGUGAGCUUGAUUGCAGGUGCAGAUGCAAGUGGCACAAGGCGUGAUGUGAGUGUUCAGACAGAACCAGAGGCAAGGUGGAUCAGCGUUUGGUUGACCGGUUUGGUCAUCUUCGUGUCUCUGCUGGGUGUCAUGCUGAGCCUUGAGCGGCUGCGGGCCGAUCGCCGCAGGCACGAUGCAAGCGCGUCUAGGACCACCAGUGCCGAGCUGAACACGGCUUUAUUUUCCAACGAAACUUCCGUUAGCGCGCGUUUGGGAAACCCUAACUGCGCUGCAGAGGAACCCUGUGCAAAAACACUCUCUUUUUUCUCCUAG